AUGACUGACAAAAUAUGCUCCUGGCCCGCGGUCUACGAUGGCAACCUAGCUUUCCUAACGUCUAAUAUUAUACAGGUUAUACAGGCUAAGACCCUGCUGCGGCUGCCCCGGCAUUGCAGCGCAUCGGGUAUGUUUGCGGCCGCACACACCGAUGAGUUCCACGCCAUCAUCCGCAAGAGGGUGGUGUCUCUCAUGCGCAGAUGUUUAAUCGACCAAUGCUCGGAAGCCUCUUUUAUAACGGAGUCUGCAGCACAACUGCUGGGACUAAACAAGGUUUCCCACAAGAGCACAGUCACGGGUCUAGGCGGUGAAGAGAGUUCACCUGUGAACUCUAAGGCGGUGGUAAAGGUAAAAAUUUCAUCACUCCUAGAACCUGACUUUGAAGUGAACGUGCAUGCUCAUGUUUUGGGCAAGGUAACAUCGAAUCGGCCGAGAAAACGUAUUGUCAUUGAUUCGUGGUCUGAACUGUCUAAAUUAAAUUUAGCAGAUUCCACAUUCAACAUUCCCGGCAAAAUCGACUUGCUCCUAGGAGGAGAGGUGUACGGUCAAAUACUUUUAAACGAAAUGAUCAAAGCUCCACAGGGAGCACUCAUCGCUCAGCGAACGUCUUUAGGCUGGAUCGUUUCAGGGCCAACUCACUUAGGUGAGUCGGAAAUUCGUAAAAGCGUUAGCGUUAACCACAUUCAUUUAGAUGAAAAUGAGUUACUCAAAAAAUUUUGGGAGCUCGAGGCUGACCACAUUACGACAGAUCCCAAGCAACAUUACACUGAAGACGAGAAGAAAUGUGAAGAAUUUUUUACUGCUACCACUGAACGUGAUAGCACAGGUAGAUAUAUUGUGAAACUACCAUUUCGUGAUCAAGAUCCCAGUUGCAAACACGGAAACUUUGUGCCUAUUGCAACUAGGCGUCUCAACCAAUUAGAAAAGAGGUUCGCAAAAGAUCCUGAAAUGAAGAAACGCUACACAGAUGUCAUCAAUGAAUAUCUUGAGCUAGAACACAUGGAAGAAGUUCCCCCAGGACAGGAGAACAACCCAGAUGCAGUUUACUUGCCACAUCAUGCUGUCAUCCGAGAUGACAAAUCCACGUCAAAGCUUCGGGUAGUUUAUGACGCGUCUUGUCCUGGCUCUAAUGGCGUAUCCUUAAAUCAAGACCUAUUAGUAGGUCCAACUCUGCAACCUGUUUUGCGUCAUACCAUCCUUCGUUGGCGUUGCCAUCCUAUAUGUCUGGUAGCAGACAUUGUUAAAAUGUACAGGCAGGUGAAAGUGCACGAAGACGAUGUAGAUUUUCAACGCAUCCUAUGGCGUGAAAACUCGGGGGAGAAGAUAAAGCACUUGAGACUGCUCCGAGUCACUUUUGGUACGGCAUCAGCACCCCAUCUCGCAGUGCGUGCUCUUCAGCAAAUAGCCCACGAUGAAGGAUCACAGUAUCCAAAUGCUGCUGAUAGGGUCCUCAAGCAUUUUUAUGUAGAUGAUUUGUUAACAGGGUGUGAAUCUGUAGAAGAGGGUAAAGUAGUGUACCAAGAGAUGAAUGAACUUUUGAAAAAUGGUGGAUUCGAAUUACAGAAAUGGAGCAGUAAUAAUGAAGAAUUAAUGCGUUACAUGAAAGAAACUGAUGGCAAAGAGGAAGGAAGUCUCCAGUUGAAGAUAGACGUUGUCAUGAAAAUUCUGGGACUGGUCUGGAAUCGCAGAAAUGACGAAUUUGAAUAUUCGGUACAGCUUCCUCCACUCAAAGUUCCUGUAACAAAAAGAAGUGUCAUAUCUGACAUAUCAAGGCUGUUUGAUCCACUUGGUUGGUUAGCUCCAGUGAUCAUAGUGGCUAAGAUUUUCAUCCAGAAAUUGUGGCUUUCGGGAAUCGAAUGGGAUGAUGAAGUUCCACCACAAUUACUGAAGAAUUGGCUAAACUACAGAGAAAGUCUAAACCAACUUACCGAAUUCAAGCUGCCUAGGUGGAACAACGCUAGAUCCAAUGUAACUGCGGAACUUCAGGGAUUCUGCGACGCUUCUAAUGAAGCGUUUGCUGCUGUUGUGUACUUGAGGACUGUAGAUGAAGAAGGAAAGGUGCACGUGUCACUGAUCACGUCCAAAACUAAAGUGGCUCCUAUCAAACAAAUUUCUAUUCCACGACUGGAAUUGUGUGGGGCUGUGUUACUCAGCAAAUUGCUAGUUGAAGUAGCCGACGUUAUGAGUAUCAGCAAGGCAAACAUUCAUGCAUGGACUGACUCCACAGUGGUCAUUUCUUGGCUAAAUAGUCGUCCAAAUCGAUGGAAAACUUUUGUCGCCAACCGUGUAUCUGAAAUAAUAACAUCAGUUGAGCCGCACCAAUGGUCCCAUGUCUCUUCGAAAGAUAAUCCUGCAGACUGCGCGUCUAGAGGUACACAGCACCUGAGUAAAGAAGAACUCUGGAUAGAAGGUCCGUCGUGGCUGAAAAAUAAAGAAAUUAGCUACAAAAAACCAAACAUAAAGGACACGAACUUAGAAGAAAAAAGCACUAAAGCAUGCUUCGUGAAUACUUGUGUUUCUGAAUAA